GUGAAAGUGAAAGAGUAGCAUUCAGCCCGGUUCCUGAUUGCAGGUCCUGGAAACCUGUUUAGGCUGAGAAGAAGAAAUACCCCAAGUCACCUGAAUUAAAACUGAAGAUCAACCCUCCUUCAACUUACUAAGGGGAUCAUGGAUAUUGAAGCAUAUUAUCAAAGAAUUGGUUACAAGAACCCUAGGAACAAAUUGGACUUGGAAUCACUAACAGACAUUUUUCAGCACCAGAUCCGAACUGUUCCCUAUGAGAACCUUAGCCUUCACUGUGGGGAGUCCAUGGAGUUGGACUUAGAGGCCAUUUUUGAUCAAAUUGUCAGGAGGAAUAGAGGUGGCUGGUGUCUCCAGGUCAACUAUCUUCUGUACUGGGCUUUGACUACCAUCGGUUUUGAGACCACAAUGUUAGGAGGGUUUGUUUAUGGCAAUCAUAAUGACAAAUACAGCACCAGCAUGAUUCACCUCCUAAUACAGGUGACCAUCAAUGGCAGGAACUACAUUGUCGAUGCUGGGUUUGGAUGCUCCUCCCAGAUGUGGCAGCCUGUGGAGUUAAUUUCUGGAAAAGAUCAGCCUCAAGUGCCUUCCAUAUUCCGCUUGAGAGAAGAGGGAGAAACCUGGUAUGUGGACCAAAUCAGAAGACAGCAACAUGUUCCAGACCAAGAAUUUCUUAAUUCUGAACUCCUGGAAAAGAAAAUAUACCAAAAACUCUACUGCUUUACUCUUCAACCUCGAACAAUUGAAGAAUUUGAGUCUGCAAACACAUAUCUUCAAGAAUCCCCAUCAUCUGUGUUUUUGGACAAAUCAAUUUGUUCCUUGCAGACCCUAGAAGGUGUUCAUUCUUUAGUGGGCCUCAUCCUCAGCUCCAGAACAUACAAUUAUAAGGAAAAUACAGAUCUGGUAGAAUUUAAAGUUCUGACUGAGGAGGAAGUGGAGGAAGUGCUGAAAACUAUAUUUAAUAUUUCCUUGGGGAAAAAAGCUUAUGUGCAAAAAUGGUCAUUUGUCUUUCACUAUUUAGAAUAGGGAGCAAAAAUCAUCUUCAAUCCUAGUACAAGUACUUAAGCUUUUUAUUAUAAAAAUGUUCAAACUUGAAAAAUCACAGAAAAUAGGCUAAUAAAUUCAUAUGUGUUUAUCAACCAGAUGACCAAUUAUUCGCUGAUGAUAGAUCAUAUUUUCCCUACUCUCCUAUUGUUUUGAUUAAAAUCAUAAACAUCAAAUCAUUCACCGAUAAAGGUAUAAACAUAUAUCAUUUGAACACUUUGUAAAGAAUUAUAGCAACACUCCUUUACAAAAUUAAUUUAAAAAGGCAUUUUAAAAAUGGCAUACUUAUCUUGGGAUGCACAAUGAUUUAUACCUGAAAUCUCCAAAACUGACUUAUGUUGAGCUCACACAAAACAUUUUCUGGUGACUGAAAAUACAAAAUAUUGGGGAAAUGGUUUCCAUUAAAUUCAUCCAGUGUGUAUCCAAGGUCCUGGGUUUACAAAAUACCACCUGUAGAAUUUAGGAUUAGCAUCCAACAAAGAAGUAUAAGGCAUGAUAUUCACUCCAAAUAACUUAACAGUCCUCAAUACCAGAUAUUAACCAAUUCGCAGCAGGUGAUUUUAGGUGCCAAGAAAGUGACACAGCUAAUACUUUCUUCCAGGCUGCUUUUUGUAGUCAUAGUUCUUCAUGUAUCAUUUUUUUCUUAAUAAAGAAACAUUAUAUUUGAAGUUUUCAACUUCCAGAACUUAUUUGCCUAAAAGUAACACUUAUUUUUAUGUAUGAUAACAUAUGUAUAAUUUUAUUGUCUAAAAAGGUUAUUACAUGGGACCAGCACUAUAACGUAGUG